AUGACUAACUUGUACUGCCUUGCCCAUCGCGAUGUGCAUCGAAUCAAGGUCGAUGAGAUACUUGGACUGCUCAUUACUACCCACACUAAAGGCGGAAUUCGAGUGACUGACGUAAAAACUGGCAAACUGCUGUGGAGGCUUUCUCUGAAUUACGUCCGCCCCUAUGCCCACCUCGAAUAUGAGCGUGGGUUCAUGAUUUUUGAUCGCAUGACCAACGAGAAAGAAGUGUGGCGGCUCUCAACGAAUUGCGACUUGGCCCAGAUGACACCUGCAUCACCUCCGGACGCGCAGCAGAUGGAGGAGUACCAAAAGUCAAUCCGGAGGUUCCCUGAUAUUACGCGCGGUCACUUCCGGCCCUGGGCCCUAUUCGGGAUUCCGGAGCCCACCACUGCUUACCGGUUUGUAUACCCUACACUUGUGACGAUGUCGCGUUCUACCGCUUAUCUCUGUGAUGUCCCAACGGGCCAAUUUAUACGAGAGAUACAGGGUAUACAGGAUGGAGACGUUCCCUUGGGGCGAAUUGCGUACGUUGAGUUGAGUGCGCAGUAUGUGUUCGUGUGUGGUAUGAGGCAGUUUCGCGUGUUCAGUCGCGCGAAUGGGGCGCAGGUCUUGUGGAUCUCCAAUAAUCAGCCAACCUUCGCGCACACGAGGAUCCAGCUAGAGGCUGAUCAAGAUGCCAGAGCAAAGGAGUUUGACCAGGUCGUCAGUGCCUUGCAUGCUCGUCUAUUCUCGACCCCCAAGGUCAAUCCCCCGCCACUGAAUUUCGUUGCAGUUCAUGUCUCAAGAUCGGGGCGAGAUCUUGUGAUAUUGAUGGACGACAACAGGUUGCUUCUUGUGCAGGAUUUUGAGCGUAUCAUCAAAGAUGAGGUCGAAUUGACCGAUGUGGCUCUCGAAGUCCACUUGCCCAAUCAGCUGAAGCGUGGCUCCAGUGUCUAUCUUGCUUAUGAGCAUGGUCGCGUGAGCGUGGUCACGGCAAGUGGCGUAUACAUCCUCACUUUGGACGUAGCUCGGCACGGCCUGUUUGAUCCCUCUCGGUUCGCGGACGACACCUACGUCGCCCCAGGCAUGAUUGAGAAUAUACCCUCCUUGCCACCGGACAUCCCGUUCCCUUAUCUUUCUGCCGUCUUUGUGCCCCGCCUGCGGCAUGGAUAUGCGCUCUACCAAGUGAGCUGUUUGCAAAUGACGGCAACGAAGGUCUUCUUGACUUGGGAUAGUCGAUUGGUCCCGCGCCCACGGAUACUCAAUGGACGCGGACAGCCUGAUAGGCUUAGAGAGCAGGAUGUGGAAUACAUGGACGGCUUUCUCCUCUCUUUCGGAAUACCUUUGGGCGAGGAUCUAGAAGCGGAUGAAGAGCUUGAUGAAGACGAAAAUGCUUUCAUCUGGGAGGAGGACUUGGACACAGGUUCGUACUUCUCAUACUAA